AAGCACACAAUGAAAAGCCACAAAUCCAUUCUUCCCAUUGCUUGAUAGUCGCAAACACACGAGAAGCACUAUUAAAUAAGCCUUCCUCACGACUCUCCACUUCAUAUCCCUCAUCCCGAUUAUUACAAAAACGCCAUCCUAAGGCCGGGAAAAAAGAAUCCCAGCCCCCUUCCCUCGCUUUUCCAGUUCCUCCGCCAGCAGCCGGGACUCCUCCGAGCGGGCACCGUGAUGUGGCGGAUCCUCAGGUUAGUGAAGCGGAGCCUGAGGAACAUGAAGAAGAGCCCCAGGGUGGCUGAUGAGGGCAUGGUUGCAAGCGGAGGAAUGGCCGUAGCGGGACGGAGACCGGGUGGGAUCUCUGCCGUGUCCGGCCUCUACCGGGCCUCGGCAUCAGUGCUGGCCUGCUUCUCCGGCCCGCGCGUGAGCGGCACCGACGGCCUGUGGGCGUCUGGGGAGUUCGGGCAGGUGUCGGAGAUGAACCACCUGAUGGUCAGCGACAGCAUGCGGUAUGCGAUCUUGAUGUAGGGAAAAAAAAAAAGUGAACGGCCGAGAUUUGAUAGGAAUGAAUUUAAUUCCUUUCUCUCCUUUUUGUCGUGGCAUUAGUACAAUCUUGUGCAUAAUCAUACUAGAAGAAAGAAAAAAAGGGAGAAAUUAUCCAUUUUUGUUACUUUCUCUUCUUUGUAAUUAAUUCACUGACCAGCCAUGUCUAAUAUUUAUAAUUUAUUGCAUUUUCUGGUUAA